AUGGACAGUAUAAUUUUUAUAAACCUUAGGAAAAUACGUUAUGAAAAAAUAACGAAAAAAUAUCCUUUCGGGUACGUUCGGCUACGUUCGGAAAGAUUCAUGUUCGAAAAAAAAAGAGACAUAAAAAGAGCAAAAAAAAAGGGAGAUAUGAAAGAAGCAAAAAAAAAAAAAAAAGAUAGAAAUAAAAUAGAAGAAGAAGAAGAAGAAAAAGAUAUAAGAAAGGGAAACGAAGGGAGGAUUGAUAUAGAUGGAUGA